AUGAGCCCCUUCACAUUUGUGGCAUUGAAGUUCCUUUUCAUUAGCACAUUUUAUUUUCUCCAAAAUGGAAGUAUAAAAUUUGGCCGCGCAUGGUGUGUGAAGAAUGCAUACUUAGGGAAGGGGCAGGUGAAUGGCAAAGAUGGAAAUGUGUUUGGUGCAGGCAGAUUGUGUUAUCUGUCCUCAAUAGGAGGCAUCUCCAUGGGGCGUAAACUUUACCGACUGGGAAGGAACAUUCGCCAUGUGUGUAGCAGGAGAAGGGGAAAUGCGGUUGUUGUUGAAGCAGUGGAGGAGGAAGAGGGUCAGCAUGGUGAACACCCGGAAAGGGUUGGCACUGAAGUGGAAGAUCCCACGAACCAAGUGGAUGUACCCACCCCGCAGAGGAAGAAAACCAAAAGAGAAAUAAAAAAGGACGAGUAUGGAAUCCCAGAAGAAAAGCUAAACAUAACAAGGCAAAUCAACAGCAAAAUAAAAUCCAAAUACCAAUUCUGCAGAGUAAAAACAUACGGCGAAACUAUAAAUAUAAAUUACAAGAAAAAAAAAAUUUUAAGCAUCCAUGAAGGGAAAUUUAAGAAUAGGAGGAUAUACUCACCUGACACGUAUACCAGGCCAAUGAUGAGCAAAGUGAAAGAAUCUCUGUUUAGCAUUUUGUCCCACUUGGGAAUAUUCAGUAAUUCCACCAUAAACGUUUUGGACGUGUUUAGUGGGAGUGGUAACCUGGGCAUCGAGUGCAUUUCAAGAGACAUACCUAAUGUAACCUUUGUGGAUUUGUCACUAAAUAGCUGUAAAACAAUUUACGAAAAUUUAAAAUUGUGUAACAUUGACCAUUCGUAUAAUCAAAUAAUAAGAGCAGAUGCCAUGGAGUUGUUAAAGUGUCCUUUGAAGUUUCACAUCGGAGAGAAAUUUCAGUUAGCUUUUUUCACUCCACCGUAUGAGCAGAUUGUAUACAGUGAGUUGAUACGAAAUAUUUCCAACAGUGAACUCUUCGACCGUGACUGUCUUGUGUUUAUUGAGUACCCGAAGGAGAUUGACAUGCUGCCCCAGAGGGUGUAUAAUAUGAUAGGCUUAAGGAAUAGGAAAUUUGGAAGAACCUACUUUGCGUUGUACGUUUUGAACAGUUCAGGUAAGUAUCUUUUUGCUGAGAGGAAGGAUGAAUUUUACCCGCUCCAUUAUAACCGUAAGCAGCGUAGGCAGGAAAAGUAUCUUUAA